AUGGGGAGCAGCAACACAAGUAUGAAAACUAAAGAUAAUAUCUCUAAGGAAGGAAAACGUAUCAUGGAUGAAGUUGAAUCGAUUCGUAAAGCAAGUUUACACGAAUUUCACCUUGGAUAUUAUCAGAAAGCAUUGGAUAACUAUAACAAGGCGUUGAAAUUAAUUCAAGAUCUCCAAGAUCAAGAUCGGAUACAGGCUCAACUACAAUGCGAUGUCAAAUUAGAUAUUUCUCUAGUUUACUUUCAUCAAAAGCAAUUUCAAAAAGCGCGAGAAUGGAUACAACAAUCUCUUCAGCUAGGCAAAAAAUUGAAAGACCAACUUCGAAUAUCUCAAAGUCUAGAUAACCGUGCUCAUGUUAACAUCCAAGAAGAACGUAAUGAUGAAGCUAGAGAUGAUUUGAAACAGUCGUUAAAGAUUAAAUUGAAGAUUCUCGGAGGGAAUCAUUUAGACAUUGCCGUAACUUAUCACCGUCAAGGAGAUCUGUUAUGCAGCGUCGACAAGAAUCAGGAUGGAAUGAGGAUGUAUGAAAAAGCUUUGCAGAUAUUGCUCAAUGCUUCAGAAAGUAAGACUUUAGCACUGGCUGAAUUAUAUCAAGAUAUAGCCAUUGCUUAUACCAUUACUGAGGAAGAAAAAAAUUAUAAUAAAGCCCUGGAUUUACUCUCGAAGAGUUUAACUAUUCGAUCCGAUCUUUUAGGCGAUCAUAAUGUUUUAGUAGCGGAUUCGUACGAUAACAUGGGAUGGGUCAAUAGUGAGCGAGGCAAUCAUGAUCAAGCUAUCCCAAUGUAUCAAAAGUGUCUCGAAAUUAAAUUAGCCAUUUUAGGAAAUACACACUCAGAUAUUGUCGAUCUAUAUGAUGCUAUUGGCUAUUCUUACCGCCGAAAUUCGCAAUACCAAGAAGCGUUGCAAGUGUAUGAAAAAUGUCUACAUCUACAACAAGAAUUACCUGCGGGCGAUAAUGCCGUGAUAGUCGAUACUUACCGAAAUUUAGCAUCUGUUUACAACACAUUAAACAAUUGGGAAGAAGGGAUAUCAGUAUUACAAAAAUGUCUUCACCAUCAGCAAAAAUCAUUCGGUAAAAAUACUGACAAAGCUGCUAAAAUAUACAACGAUAUCGCCAGUAGCUAUUGUCAUCAGAAUAAGUUUGAUGAAGCUGCAUCCAUGUUCCAGGAAAGCUUAGAUAUUAAUUUGAAAAUUCACGGAAAAAAAAGCCUAGCAGUAGCUAAUAGCUAUAAACAUAUUGGAAGUGCCUAUUUACUUCAACACAAGUUUAAUGAAGCUCUAAGCAUGUAUCAGGAAUCUUUAACCAUCCAACAACAACUAUCUGGUAGUAAAGAUGAUGAUGAGGAUGAAAAAAUGUUAGAUAUGGCUGAUACAUACCAAAACAUAGGACAUGUCUAUUAUCAUCAAGAAAAGUUACGAGAUGCUUUAUCAAUGUAUCGAAAGUGCUUGGAUAUCCAGUUACAAAAGCUAGAUUCUGAAGAUUCAGCCAUUGCAAGCUCUUAUGAAUAUAUUGGAAAUGUUUAUUUUGAUCUACAGAAAUAUGAUGAUGCUGCUAUGAUGUAUCAGAAUUGUCUAAAAAUCCAUAAGGAAGUAUUUGGCGAGGAGAGCUCGAAAGUUGCAGAAUCUUACCGUCAAAUUGGUCUUAUCAACUGCAAGCAAGAGAAAUACAACGAUGCCAUUGCAAAGAUACAAAAUGCUCUCGAUAUAUUGCGAAAAGAUUCAAAAGAAGAGAAUUUACAAAUAGCAGAAUGUUACGCUAGUCUUGGCCUUGUCCAUAAUAAGCUUUUGCAAUGUAAACAGGUUUUCGAAUAUUAUCAGAAAUGCUUCACUAUUCGACAAGAACUGCUGGAUGGAAAUGAUUUAAGUUUAGCUGAGUCUUAUAGUGAUAUUGCUUUUACUCACGGCAAGCUACUUGAAUAUGAUCAAGCGAUAGAGAUGUAUCAAAAGUGCUUAACUAUUCUUACAGAAGGAAAGGCUAGCAAAUCAAGUAUUGCUGAAACUUAUUUUAACAUAGAAGAUAUUCAUAAACAACAAGAUAAUACGAAUCAAGCUAUGGCUAUGCAUCAAAAAGGAGUCGAUUUUAAGCUCCAAGCUGAAGGAGAGCAGAAUUCGGAUAGAGCUGAGAGUUAUUACUAUCAGGCAGACUUGUAUCGAGACCAAGAAAAGUAUAAAGAUGCUCUAUCCUUGUACCAGAAAGCUCUGGAUAUUUUACUCUCGUCAGUACAUAAAAAUGGCGACGUUGCAGCGUGCUAUAGUCAAAUGGGCAUCGUCUUUAAACGACAAAAAAAAUAUGCAAAGGCCCUUGUAAAAUUCAAGGAAUGUUUCGAUAUAUUGUCCAAGGAAAGCGAAAAAGACAACAAUGCUAUAUCUGCUACGUAUCUAAAUAUAGCCCAUACUUAUUGGGAGCAGAAAAAAUAUGAACAAGCAAUCGAAACGUUUCAAAAUUUUAUUAAUCUUCAACAGCAGAUGCAUGAAGACAAUUUGAUGAGUGAAAAUGUCAUCGAUUCUUAUAGCAACAUUGGAGAUUGCUAUCAUGAAUUAUCCAAGCAUGAACAAGCAUUGCCAGCAUUUGAAAAGUGCUUAGAAUUACAGCUGAAAAAAUUGGAUGCCAAAGAUAUUAAAAUUGCCUACACCUACACCAAUAUUGCAGUUUGCUACGAAUUUCUGGAGAAGAUUGAAGAGGCCAUCCAAUUUCUUCAAAAAUCGGCCGAUGUCAAAGGUGCUACGCUAGGAAAGAACCAUCCUUCUAUUGCUGAUGAUUAUGAUGAAAUAGGUUGUCUCUAUACGCAUAUCAAUAAGCCAAAAGAGGCUGCUAUAAAGCAUUUUUAUGCCGCAACCAUUCGCAAUCCUUCAAAUCCGAAAAUCAAAUCUAAACCAAAGCGUAAAUUUGGCAAAGGUUAG